UCCUAGUGUAGACGGUGCACAGCGUUGUAGCCUAUGAGCGACCAGGAGGACACACACUUGGACGACCGGAUCUUGCGAUCAGCUAGACGCCCGAUAGCCCACGUGUCCCUAGGACCGGAGGGUGAUAGGAUUCUGUCCCGCCAGCUUAGGGAGAGGCAGCAGCAGCAGAGGAGAGCUAGAGCAGCCGAGGCCAGCAGGGCUUUAGUUAGCAAGGCCGGUGCUACAGCAGCCAUGGCUACUUCCGCCAUGGUCACUUCUGCGCAGCAGACUUCCCAAGCCAGCAGUUCAGGUGCCGUCGGGUCAACGGUCGCGCAGACCGUGAGUCAGUCCACUGGCGUUAUGGCAAGCCAGGCAGCAGUGUUGACUCCAGAGGAUGUCGCCAUCCAGCCGGCAGCCCUGCAGGAGGCACAGCUACAGCGGGCAUUAGGGGAGAUAAAAGCGGAGAAGGAAAGAAUGAUUAGAAGAAGAGCCAGGAUGCAAUGGAGAGGGGCAGACAUAGAGGAGUUAGAUACGAUGUACCUGACAAACAUAGAUGAUGAUGUGAGGGUAGUAAGGAGGGCCCUGCUAGGCGUAAUAGAGAUGCAGGAGCAUCAAACUACCAUCCUUCAGGAUAUCCAACAGAGCCUAGCCGUUUUGGCAGGCCGUGCUCAGGCAGCACCAUCAUUACCUGGGCCUGGUGCCUGGCCCGUGGCAUAUCCUCCUUUUUCUGUUCCACCGGUGACAGGGGUAUCUCCAUAUGUAGCCCCGUCAUUGGUUGCUAUUGUUUCCCUGGGCAUGCCGCUGCCAGGAGGGGUAACAGCAGGGAAUAGUUUGCAGGCUCCUGUUCAGACAGUGUACACCCAAACUCCGUCGCAGGUUGCAGUCACCACGCAGCCUGCAGUCUCGCAGCCUGUGCAACCUCAGGGCACGCAGCCCCAGCAGCUAGCACAGCAACCUGUGUCCGCGGGUCCACAGCCCGGAGUGGUGCAGGGACCGGGACAAACUCAGUGGGUUCCGAAGACGGCCAUUGCCGCUCCCAAACCUUUUACAGGGGACAAGAGAGGCGAAGACCUCGACACAUGGUUGAGGUCAGUGCCAAUCUAUGUUAGGUGCAAACUUACCUUGCCGCACGAAGAAGUGCUUGUGGCUGCAUCUCACCUAGAGGGUAGUGCAACAAGAUGGUUAAGCUGUUUAGUGCAGCUCCAGGGAUAUGGCCAUGACUUCCGCGCUUUGGCAGCCACCCAGAAACUGGAUGACUUCCUGAAGAUGGUGGAGGAGAGGUGGCAUGAUCCUCAAGAGGCUCAAAGGGCCACUGAUGCGAUCCUGACACUGCACACGAGGCAGUUUAAGUCAGUAAGGGAAGCCACCGACGCUGUCGAGCGUCUGAUCUGUGUCCCAGGGGUGCGCUAUGACCCCCAGGUCCUGCUGACUUCGUACUUGAGGUGCUUUUCUCAGCCUCUCAGGAACCAGUUGGCAAGAGAGGCCAACAUCAAUAUGCACAACUUCCCUUCGUUCAGCAAGAUGGCCCUAGACCUUGAGGCUAAGAUAGGGCAUAAACAGGCACCCACGACGGAUGGGAGGAAGAAGACACUGCCUCCUAACUGGAAAGCGAAAGGGGUUGUUGAGAGGGAGGUUGUCCACGCGAUAGAGAUUAUCCCAGGGUCUAGUAUUCUGAAGGGUAGGAUCUAUCGGAUGUCUCCAGGCGAUCUUGAUGAGCUUCGCCGCCAACUCAAGGAAAUCGUAGAGAAGGGUUGGAUCCGGCCGAGUGUCUCUCCUUAUGGGUCUCCAGUUCUAUUCGUACCCAAGAAGAAGGAGGGUAAUCUUAGGAUGUGCAUUGACUAUAGGGGCCUCAAUGCCAUCACUGUAAAGAAUAGAGAGCCCCUUCCGCGCAUCGAUGAUCUGUUAGAUAGAGUGCAAGGGUGUCGGUACUUUAGUAAGAUAGAUCUGAAGUCCGGGUACCAUCAGAUUGCAAUCCGGCCCGAGGAUCAACACAAAACUGCUUUCCAGACCAGGUACGAUCUGUACGAGUUUGUGGUGAUGCCUUUUGGCCUUUGCAAUGCUCCUGGCACCUUUCAGCACGCUAUGAAUCGGAUAUUCCAUGACUACUUAGAUAAGUUUGUCAUCGUGUACCUCGAUGACAUACUUAUUUUUAGUAAGACUGUCGAGGAGCACGUUGCACAUUUGGACAAAGUCCUUAGCCUCCUGCAACAGCACAAGUUCAAGAUCAACGACGAGUGCGAGGCUGCUUUCAGACAUCUGAAGCAUGCGUUGACGCACUACGAGGUCUUGAAACUUCCAGAUCCUGACAAGCCGUUUAUAGUCACCACGGAUGCCAGCCAAUAUGGCAUUGGCGUCGUGCUCGUGCAACAGGAGGGGCCAAAGUUGAGGCCAGUAAAGUACAUGUCCAAGAAAAUGUCGUCUCAGAUGUUGGCUAAGUCCACCUAUGAGAAGGAACUCUAUGCGGUGUACAAGGCUCUGACCCAUUGGAGACACUACCUCCUUGGGAGGUUCUUCAUCCUCAUGACUGAUCAUCAGACCCUAAGAUGGAUGAGAACUCAGUCGGUACUCUCUGACGCUCUCAAGCGUUGGAUCGAAGUCAUUGAGCAAUAUGACUUUGACCCUCAGUAUCUGAAAGGGGAGUACAACAAGGUUGCUAAUGCCUUGUCGCGUAGACCUGAUUUCUCAGGUGCGGUGAUUACUGAGUUCGCUCUAACAGACCAUGUUACUCAAUCCUUGGUGGAAGCCUAUCGCGAGGACCAGUUCAUGUCUGAGAUCAUACGCAGACUCGAGGCAAAGGACAAGAAGACCUCUGCCGAGUUUGAGUUGGUCAACGGCUUGUUGUUCCUUGAGAAGGAAGGGAAUAAACGAUUGUACAAGCCCCGUACUCAGGCUCCUCUUGGGCUCCUGAAGCCCCUUCCGAUUCCGGAACGGCCUGGUGAGAGUUUGUCCAUGGAUUUCAUGGAUACUCUGGUCACCAGCAAGAGUGGGAUGCGACACAUCUUUGUCAUCGUGGAUAGAAUUAGCAAGUAUGCUAGGUUAGUGGCAAUGCCGGAAACAGCUAAAACGGAGUAUGUGAUCAAAAUGUUUAAAGAGAACUGGGUCAGAGAUUUUGGUUUACCGAAGUCUAUUAUUAGUGACAGGGAUGUCCGGUUCACCAGUGAGUUGUGGAAGGCCGCUGCUGCAGAGCAGGGAACUCGGUUGCAGAUGCCUUCUGGGAAUCACCCAGAGGCCAACGGUCAGGCCGAGCAACUGAACCGCACUGUACAACACCUGUUGAGGUACUACAUCAAGCCCAACCAGCUGGACUGGGAUGAGAAGCUUGCUCUCAUCGCCAAUUUGUACAACAACGCUGUACACAGCGCCACCGGGGUGAGCCCAAACAACUUAUUGCUAACGUUCAAGCCUAGACUGCCCCUGGAUUUUCUCCUUCCCGAGAAUCAGUCAACUGCUGCACCAGGUACGUUAGAGUUUGCUUACCGCUAUGAACAGAAGAUGCAGCAGGCUGUAGAACAGAUGCAGAAGGCUCAAGCUGCAAUGAUAGAGUCUAAGAAUGGACACUGCCGACCUUCUACAUUCCAGGUUGGGGAUAGGGUAUGGGUUAAGUCUUCAGAACUGGGACAGGAGCACGGGAUCUCCCGCAAACUCAUGCCCCAGUACUUUGGACCCUGGGAAGUCUUGAACAUCGUUGGGACAGAUCCGGAUGGGCCAUCUUAUGUUAUCCGGAUCCCUGGUCAUCUCCGUACUUACCCUGUCUUUCACGCAUCCAAGCUGGCCCCUUUCAAAGAGACUGAUCAGUUUCCAUCGCGUCGCUCAAUGCUGCCCGCAUCCAUGGACAGAGAGGUGGACAUCGAUGAUAUUGUGGAUUACAGAGAGCUGCCGGUAUCAAGACCAGCAGGCAGGGGACGUCCUCCAAAACCGAAGAUGCAGUACCGCGUUCGGUUCGGCCAUCACACUGAUCCGAAGGAGGACCGCUGGUUCACCAGGGAAGAGCUCAUGCAGACCGCUCCUCAAGUUGUAACUCGAUACGAGAGAUCUCUGCAGAAGGGAAAGCGCCCUAUGAUCGAAGACUGAGCUUNCUGUGGUACGAUUGCGCUCAUCUGGCGCUUGUCUUCUGCCUUAUGCG